UUGUGAGCCCGGAGCUGUCUUGGUUGUUAACAUCCCCGCCAGAGAGAUGGUCGGCAUCCUCUGUGGUUUUAGUUGGGACCACACUGCAAUGCGACCCAAGAGCCCUUCUGCAAACAGCCUUGGCACAGAGGACUCCUGCAGUGGCCGCGUUGUGUCCAGCGGAGUUAGGCGAGCAGAGGAACAGACUCGAGUUCCGGGUGUUCACGUGGCGACCUCUGCACCCGCACCGAAAGCUCUUGCCUCUGGGCGGAUGGAACGCCUCUCGCUUCGCCUCCUGGGACCAGCUCUUUGUCGACCGUUUCUCAUCCUUCGGCGGCGUCACUUUGGGCGUCGCGAGUGACUACGAUGACAUGCCCUUCCUCUUCAACUCGAGCUUGACGGAGUGGGAUGGUCUCGGUUAUCGCAUCCUGAAUACACUGGCCGAGUCCUACAACUUCACGUACACGCUGACACCUUGGGCCAGCGACCGACAAUGGGGCAAUUGGGAAAACAACUCUUGGACCGGGAUGUUGGGAGAUCUGUCCCGAGAAGUCAAGAACCUGACCGUCAACUUCAUUUCCCUUUCCCCAAGACGGGCUCAGUAUUUUGAUAUCUCUGUUCCUUAUUACAAGGAAGGGUGAGUGCAGUGCAUUUUGUCAGUCAUUACAGAUUUGAUUUAUUUUUUUUUUACAAUGGAUAGAUUAUUUACUUCAGUAACCAAUUAACGUCGAUAAAAAUAUUGACUCAAUGCCAUUAGAAUAGUAUUAUUUUAAAGAUACAUGUACUAAAUAUCAUACGUUUUCGUCUGCCGUAAAAGGUUUUCGUUUGUACUCGCCUUCCCUCCUCCUCUUCCCCGAUGGUACAGCCUCGUCCACCCAUUCAGUUGGAUGGUGUGGGCGGUGGUGGGCGGAGCUGUCGUCGUUGUCUGCCUCACCUACUGGUUCCUGGCUUCGUUUAAAGAGAAAGCAUCUCCUUCUACAUACCUCUUAACCAUCGCACAGGCACUGCUGAAUCAGUCCAACAGCUCUGUGCCUGCUUCCUGGACUUUAAGGUUGUUUUUGGCAUCUUGGUGGGUCACCGCUUGCGUCAUCGUCACGUCUUACACGUGCAACCUCAUAGCAUUCCUUACUAUCCCAGCGUAUCCCAUUAAACUUGGAUCCGUUCAGCAACUGGCUAAUAGUCAUCAAAGAGUGUGCAUGCUGGAUUACGGAAGCUACCUACCGGAUGCCUUGGCCACUUCCACCCACCAGGCACUUUCUGCCCUUGGGAAGAAGAUGGACCUGGUGCCUCAGAAUAGGACGAUGCCAUACCAUAAUGCCCUUGAGUGCCUCGACCUCGCACUGGCAGGUACCCACGCCAUGGUAGAAGCCGAGUCCUACUUGAGGAACAUAGUAGAGAGUGAAGGCCGUGGGGACAAAAUGUAUUUCUUGGAAGAACGCAUUUUCGAAGGAGCUGUGAGCUUCUUCUUCGGUAAAAGCACUCCCUGGAAAUACAAGUUUGACGAGGGUAUUUAUAGCCUGCUGGAAUCCGGCUUUAUUGGAAAGUGGUACCGUGACAUCACUAUGGAACUGAGAGGACCACGGCGGCCGAAGGUCAUUUAGGAACG